AUAAAGCCUUGGUCAUCAGCCUUGUACUUUGAUGAGUUGCAAAGAUGAAUCUAAACAUGGAUUCCAUUGAAUCAAUUGUAGCUCAAAUCCAAGGGCUAUCUAGCAAUAUAUCAGACGUUAAUCAUCUUCACAAUCUUCUUAAACAAUCUGAAGAAUUACUUCACUCCCAAUCUCCUCGUUUGGUUUCUUCACUCCCUCAACUCCAUCCUUCUAUACAUUCACUUGGCUACCUCUAUAUAUUGAAGGCAAUCUUGUCUGCCCCAGUUUCAAAAGAGGAAGCUAAUGGACUACUUGUUUCCAUUGCAAGAUUUAUCAAUUCAUGUUCCGUAGAGCAAAUACAUUUGGCACCUGAAAAAUUCAUAUUCGUAUGUAGAAGGUUUAAGGAUCUAGUUAUGUUGCUGGAAGCACCAAUUCGUGGUGUGGCUCCGAUGCUGACAGCCGUUCGCAAACUACAAGUCUCCUCUGAGCAGUUGACAGCUUUGCAUUCCGAUUUUCUUCUUCUUUGUGUAUUAGCAAAGUGCUAUAAAACUGGUAUGUCUAUCCUUGAGGAUGACAUAUCUGAGGUUGAUCAGCCGAGGGACUUCUUUCUUUAUUGUUACUACGGGGGGAUGAUUUGCAUUGGACAAAAGCAAUUUGGCAAAGCAUUGGAACUUCUACACAAUGUUGUGACGGCACCUAUGUCCAAUUUAAAUGCUAUAGCAGUUGAAGCAUACAAGAAGUACAUUCUGGUUUCACUCAUUCAUCUUGGACAGUUCUCCACCAGUUUUCCCAAGUACACUUCUUCCGUGGCCCAAAGGAACUUGAAGAACUUCUCUCUGCCUUACCUGGAGUUGGCAAAUAGUUAUGGCAAUGGAAAAAUCUCUGAGUUCGAAACAUUUGUCCAAGCAAACACGGAGAAGUUUGAAAGCGACAAUAAUCUUGGAGUAGUGAAGCAAGUGGUUUCUUCUAUGUAUAAACGCAAUAUUCAACGGCUAACUCAAACAUACCUUACUCUCUCCCUUCAAGAUAUUGCUAAUACCGUCCAACUAAGUAACUCUAAAGAGGCAGAAAUGCAUGUGCUUCAAAUGAUCGAAGAUGGUGAGAUAUAUGCAGCUAUAAAUCAGAAGGAUGGUAUGGUUAGAUUCCUGGAGGAUCCUGAGCAGUACAAAACAUGUGAAAUGAUUGAACGCAUUGAUUCAUCAAUUAAGAGAAUAAUGGCGGUGUCCAAAAAGCUGACUUCAAUGGAUGAGCUUAUGUCUUGUGAUCCUAUGUACCUAGCGAAGGUUGGUAGAGAGAAACAAAGAUUUGAUUUUGAUGAUUUUGAUAGUGUUCCUCAAAGAUUCAACAUUUGAGACAAGCAUACUUGAGCUUUUUGAGUAAAUAUGACGAACGAUGCUAGAUCUGUUCAUUGAAAGCAAAUUUUGUUCCAUUUUGUCCACAAAUGGCUUCGAUAGACUUAGUUGCUCUAUGUUUUUUCGAUAGACUUAGUUGCUCUAUGUUUUUCUAGAAAAAAGACAGUUUUCAGUCUUCUAAUGUUGGGUUAAGGCAUAAAUGAUCAUGAUAUUUUAUACUGCUAUAUAAGGAAUUGAUUUAGCUGAAGGUUGAUAUGUA